AUGUCUGCCCCCAAGACCUUCUUCAUUACUGGCGCCAACCGCGGCAUCGGCAAGGGCUUCACCGAGAAGCUCCUCCUGCGACCUGGAGUCACCGUCGUAGCCACAGCUAGAGACCCUGCAAAGGCCGCCGCCCUCAACUCGCUGCCAAAGGGCGAAGGGAGCAAGCUGAUCAUUCUCAAGCUUGACUCCCAAGUCGAUGCCGAUGCGGCUGCGGCAGUCGCACAGCUCCAGAAGGAUUACGGCAUCAAGUCCCUCGACGUCGUCAUCGCCAACGCCGGCAUCGCCAACUCGGGCAGCACCGUGUCCAAGACCACUCCCGAGUCUCUCCGAGAGCACUUCAACACCAACUCCAUCGGCCCCGUGACGCUUUUCCAGGCCGUCUCCCCCCUACUCCAGGCCAGCUCGACCGGCAACCCCAUCUUCUUCCCCAUCUCGACUUUGAUCGGCAGCAUUGGAAGCCAGGAGGCCCUCGCGGCCUUCCCCCAAGUUUUCAGCCCUUACGGUGCCAGCAAGACAGCCAUUAACUGGAUUGUCUCCCGCCUUCACUUCGAGGAGCCCUGGCUCACCGCCUUCGCGGUCCACCCUGGGUUGGUCUUGACCGAUAUGGGCGCUGCAGUCAUUCCUGAAGGCGUUGACCCAGCUGCAGUUGGCGCCAUCGACGUUGAGACUAGUGUUAACGGUCUCCUGAAGCUGGCUGACACUGCUACUCGGGCCGAGUUUGGUGGCAAGUUCAAGAACUAUGACGGCACCGCGCUUCCGUGGUAG